AUGCAUGACAACGGCAGCUCUUCAAACUUCUCCUCCUGCUUUCCUGGGGGUUAUCUGGGGUACCCAGUUUCCACCUAUGACUCUUUCUACUCCAGAAAUGUAGUCAACCCUCCCAGCAUCUGCCAGCUGGGCUCCCCUCUCUUUGCUGGCUGCCAGGAGACCUGCUGCGAGCCCACCAGCAGAUGGACGUACUGUACUGGGCCCAGAUCCUACCAGACAUCCUGCUUCCGUCCAAAGAAUUCCAUCUUCUUCAGUCCCUGCCAAACAAAUUAUACUGGAUCUCUGGGAUGUGGAAACAUUGGCCUUGGGGCUUUUGGUUGUGGAAGCACUGGUUUCCAGUCUCUGGGCUGUGGGUCCAGCUUCUGUCAUCCCACUUACUUUUCUUCCAGGAAUUGCCACUCAACUUGUUACCAACCAGCCUUUAGCUCUCGCUUUUGGGGGUCAACUUACUGA